AUGUUUCUUCACCGUGUGUUGUAUGUUCUUCCGUUGCUUUUGAGCAUAGUCUCUCUAUGUGUGGCGGCUGAUACUUCUGAACCGUCUUCAGGUGAAGUUGUUGAUGGUGGUUGCCCUCCUGAUGAUAGUGAACCUGAUACGUCUAAGUGUCCCGGAAUUACUGAAGGUGCAAAAGGUGACUCUGGUCCUCCUGGUCCUGAUAGAAAAGAAGGUAAACAGGGUCCUGCUGGAGCUUCUGGUGAAGAAGCCAAAGACCAAGAACUUACUGAUGUAGAAAAUGGUAAGGUAAGUCCAAAAAAUGCUGCUCAUGGGUCCGAUCCUCUUGCUAAAUCUCCACUACAACCUUCUGGUCCUCCCCAAACGUCAGCUUCAAACGGGAAUUUGGUUAAUCCUGGUUCUGCUAGUUCUGGUAGUCAUGUUACUUCUGGACCAGGAAAGGAAUCUGCUGAGGGUGACUCAGUUGAAGAUCAGCAUGGACCAGAUGCCAUUGCUGAUUCUGGUGAACGUGGAACUCGUGGUCAAGCUGCCGUUUCUGCUACUGCGCCUGCAGUUAACAGCCAACCUGGAAACAACGACAACAGUGCAUCCAAUGAAAGUAAAGAAAACACGAGUGAUGCCGUCACGUCAUCUUCUUCUUCCAGCAGUACAGAGUCACAAAGCGAUGGAGCAUCUGAAACCACAACGACUGGAAAUGACACCACACCUGCAGGGAGUGAGUCAUUAAACAACCAAAAUUCGGGUGGAAAUACAGAAUCAACCACCACCACCACAACAACAACAACAACAACAACAACACUUCCUCCUGAACUCACAAACAACAAGAAGGGUGAUGCAGACAGCAACAGCAGUAUCAGCAGUUCUGUAUGGGUGCGUGUGCCACUACUGAUUGUGGUUACACUGGCCUGUAUUCUUGUGUGCUGA